AUGCGUGACACCACGUUUUUUUCAUCGGAGCAUCCACGCCGGCGGGGGACAGGACAGAGCCGGGGGAGGCCGAAGCUCGGGCAGCGGCGAAGGCUGUGGAGGAGAAGAAACUGCUUUGUCUGGUAUAUUCUAAAGGACGCCUUCUUAACCGCUUGCGUCACAGUUUCUGUUACAUGUGCAUCUUCACUCAUCUUCAGAAUAAGAGUGAUUGUCCCUGUUGCCCCCAGUUCCUCACCACAUCUCAGCUCUUCCCCAAUUUUCUACUUGAAGGGCUGUGAAGUGUCGGCAAAGGAGUUAGGCUCUCUGUUGUCUCUGGUGGCUGAAAAAAAAGAAAAGAAUGGAACAAGAUGA